AUAAGACUCUCUCCAUGCUUUAGAUAUCAUGAAACUCAAUUUCAGCUUCAUUGUCGCACCAUCUAUAGUACUUCUUACAGAUCUUAUCUACUAAAACCGCAUAUGUUAUUUUCUCCAAAGAUGUUGUCUUAAACAUUAUAUCAUAUAGUGAAUUGUUGCAAUUUCUACAGUCCGCCAGAGCAAAACUGCAAAAUGGAGAAGGAGAAGUUGAGUUUGUACAACAUAUUGACUCGAGAGAAGGAAGUUGUGAAGCCCUUAGACAACAACAUGAAAAUGGGGAUAUACUUGAUGCACUUGGGUUAUGCAGUUGAGUAUGUUCCCAAUCUUACCCAUUUCAGUAACAUGAUCAUUGAGAAUGAUUGCGGGUAUGUAGUGGAGGGUGAUGUAUUCUUCUCAGUGGAUAAAUCACCCAAUUAUGGUCAAUUAUAUGGGCAACUGUUGGAUCAAACGUGUCUUGCUGUUGAUCCAAAGAAGCGCAACUCUGCUAACUUUGCAUUGUGGAAGGUUUGUCACCUAAACUUGUCUCUGAGAAGACCAGGAUGGCACAUUGGGUGUAGCACAAUGAGAACCCAUUAUCUGUCUCCCAGAUUUGACAUUCUCAGUGGUGGCACAUAUCUAAAGUCCCCGCAUCAAGAACAUGUGAUCGCCCAGACAUUUGCUGCUUAUGAAGAUAGUGGUGUGACUUACUGGUUGCAUAAUGCGCAUGUUACUAACAACAACGAGGAGUUGGGAAAUUCACUGCACAACUAUGUUACGUUUAGACAAAUCAUGGCUAAGUACCAUCCACUGGCUCUGAGACACUUCUUGAUGAGUGCACACUACCGAUCUCCUCUGGAAUAUUCAGUGUUGCAGCUAUAAAGUUCGUCGGAUGCUCUAAUUUCUGUUUAUCAGGUGUAGUGCCCAUACCUUUUCUUUUAGCAUCUAUUCAGUAGAGACAGUUGCAAUGUUUGCAACCCUGUAAUCUUUGUUUACGCAGACACUACAAGGUCUUGCUAAAGCUCGCCCUCCACUUCUAGUAGCAUUGUUGAAGUAGAUGUAAAGCCAUGGAUAGGAUAGAGAAGCUGAAAAUCACCUUCAAAAACAUCUGUCUGAUGAUUUGAAUACUGACAAUAUAUUUAAAGGGGAUUU